AUGUUGGACCCUUCCAAAUGCUCUAUUGAGCUAGAGAAUACAUUCGGCCCUAUCGUCGCGUCUUCUUGCUUGCAUGGAUUUGAUUUUACCUUGCUCUUCGAAGAGACCAUUCUAACCCUGGUCCCGCUUGGCCUGACAUUCCUCGCGGCAUCUCUUCGCUGUUGGAGGCUUCAAGGCGCAUUGGAAAAAGUUAAUCGAUCAUGGUCAUACGCCGCGAAAGAGUUGCUUUGGCUCCUUCACACAUCAUGUCACAUGGUGCUGUUUGCCCUUUGGGGUCAUCAAAAUAGCCCGAAGACUGCUGCGACGUUAGCCACGGAGCUUGCCACAAUCGGAACGUCGCUAUUGCUACUCUAUUUAUCUCAUCUGGAGCAUCUUCGCUCAAUACGGCCAUCAACUAUUCUUAAUGUUUUUCUCAUCUUCACACUACUGUUUGAUCUGACCCGACUUCGGACUCUGCAUUUCAUGCCAGGUCCCAAGUCUGUGACUGCUGUGCUCGCGAUAUCAUGGGCAAUCAAACUAAUCACUCUCGUGUUUGAAGCGACCGAGAAGCGAUCCUCGCUCAAAAAGACAUACCAAAACAGUCCGAUCGAGUCAACGAGUGGUGUAUUGAGCCGCGUUACUUUCUGGUGGUUAAAUCCUGUGCUUUGGCUUGGAUCAAAAGCCAAAUUGACAGUGGAGAACCUUCCUGCACUUGACACCGAUAUCAAAGCCGCAUCUGAUUCCACCCUGAUCUAUGAAAAAUGGGCCCGUGCCAACCAAUACCAGCCCAACGCACUGUUGUGGACAAUGAUAUCUCACUACAAAUGGGUAUUUGUACAGGGCGUUCUACCUCGUCUUGCGCACACGGGCUUUUGUUUUGCACAGCCCUUUCUCGUGGAGCGAGUACUGAACUUCAUGACAGAGCCCGAACAUGUUAACUCGACAAAUUAUGCCCGCGGCCUCGUGGCCGCAUAUGCUAUCGUGUACAUUGGUAUUGCCAUCUCUCGUGCAGCUUAUGAGCAUCAGAUAAACCGACUCAUCACUAUGAUGCGCGGAAAUUUGGUAACACUCAUUUUCGAGAAGACUCUGCGUAUGAGCACCACGGCUGUUGGGGACUCCGGUGCGAUCACCCUGAUGAGUACCGACAUCGAGCGAAUUAGCAGUUGCCUGAGAGAGAUUCAUGAAGUGUACUGCAGUCUAAUUGAGAUCGCUCUCUCAUUGUGGCUGUUGGCAAGACUUUUAAAUUUGGCUAUCAUUGCACCCACUGUGUUUGUUAUCUUAUGUCUGAUAGCCGGAGUACCCUUGGCUGUCUCCUGUGGCGAGGCGCAAGGAGUCUGGCUCGAGGCCGUUGAAGAGCGAGUUGCUGUUACUUCAAGGGUUCUCGGCGUGAUGAAAAGUGUCAAAAUGACGGGCUUGACAGAGACUAUCUCCAACAGCCUUCGAGAGUUACGAUCAGCCGAGAUCAAUUCUUCGUUCCGAUUCCGUCUCUAUGAAGCCUUGGGUGUCACACUUUCGUACGCUUCCUCGGCUCUUGCACCGGCAUGGGGUUUCGGUGCCUACAUCUUGAUCGCACGUGCAAAUAAUUCGGCUACCCUCACUAACGGACUAGCGUUCUCUGCGCUCACUCUUUUCUCGCUGUUGGAUCUUCCGAUGGGUGCCAUUGUCAACGGCUCGGAAGAUUCUUUGGCGGUUGUCAACUGUUUCCAGCGUAUCCAAAAGCAUUUACUAGAGAAAGAAAGAGUGGACUACCGAUUGAAGCACGGCAGUCAAACCUCUCAGUCGAAACUCGCUACUGUGGAGUCCCCUCUUGUCAAUGUUGAGGUAACAAGCGAACAGCCACUCGCUGAUCCCUGUGUUACCAUCCAGAAUCUAUCUGCAUCGUGGUCUGUUGAUGCUGAGUCAGUGCUCAAAGAUCUCAAUAUUGAGAUUCCCUCUUCUCAAAUCACCAUGAUCGUUGGCCCUGUUGGGAGUGGAAAGUCGUCUUUCCUAAGAGUGCUUCUUGGGGAGAUGUCCGAGCUUUCUGGCACAAUCUCUACCAAUUUUACCAAUGCGGCUUAUUGCAGCCAGUCGCCUUGGAUCACCUUCGGGUCCAUUCAGGAGAACAUCAUCGGGGGUUCCUCGUGGAAUCAAACUUGGUACAACCAGGUUAUUCAGGUCUGUGCUCUACAACCCGACUUCCAGCACUUUCCAGCAGGCGAUCAAACAAAAGUCGGCGUCCGUGGAUCUCGACUGAGUGGAGGACAGCAGAUGCGGGUGGCACUUGCGCGUGCGCUCUACUCAAAAGAGAAAGUCCUUAUUCUGGAUGAUGCUCUGACGGGCCUGGAUCGGGAGACAGAAAAGUUUAUACUGGAAGGCGUCUUCUCAACUCAUGGUACCAUCAAAUGUACUCACCAAACAGUCAUUAUGGCAACGAACUCAGCGCAUCACUUGGCUUACGCAGAUAACAUCAUUGCCCUCGAUGGCGAUGGAAGGGUAAUUGAGCAAGGAUGCUAUCAGGAUCUCAUUAACUCUGGAGGCUACGUCAGUGCCAUUUCUAAAAGUUCCAAGCCGCCCAGCACUACCCGUGCACCAGACAUCACGUUUGAUCAAGAAACGCUUCAAGGACUAAACAUCGAAGAGGAUCAGGCAGAUGACUUGGGUCGAAGGACUGGUGACUUCACAGUCUACUCCUAUUAUUUCCAGAAUAUUGGCUGGUCUCUGCUUUUGAUCUUCGUAGCAUGCUGUAUUCUUUUCAUCCUUGGACUCAGCUUUCCACAAAUAUGGCUGCAGUGGUGGACUCGUGCAAACGAGCAGCAUCCAAACCAACAUAUCUGGUACUGGCUUUCUGUUUAUGCUGCACUUGGCAUGUUCUCUCUCUUGACUGCCUUCUUAGGCUCAUGGGUUAUUAUCAUGAUCAUACAGCCCAAAACAUCUCGGAAGUUCCACGAGAAACUUUUACAAACCACCAUGAGGGCAAAAACUUCAUUCUUGACUUCUACGGAUGCUGGAAACACCACGAACAGGUUCAGCCAAGAUUUAGAACUUAUUGACGAUGAGCUCCCUUGUGCUCUGGAAUUAACUAUCAAUUCUGUCCUCAGCUGUGUCAUUGAGGCUUUCCUCGUAUUCUUCGGUUCUUCCUACAUCACCGUAGCGGUGAUUCCGGUCUGUGCCCUGGCGGUAUACUACGUGGCAACCUUUUACGUUCAGACUUCACGCCAAAUGCGCCUUUUGGAUAUCGAGAAGAAGGCACCUUUGUUCUCCCAGUUUUUAGAAGCCCUCGGUGGCUUACCCAGUAUCCGAGCCUAUGGCUGGGUGGGUGACUACCAACACCGGAACCAAACCGCACUCGACGCCUCUCAGCGUCCCUUCUACCUGCUUUACUGCAUUCAGAGAUGGCUUAUCCUUGUCUUGGACUUACUAGUGGCAGCUAUUGCCGUCAUUGUCAUUUCUGUGGCUCUAUCGUUGAGAGGCAGCACCUCUAAUAACUUGCUAGGUAUUGCCCUUUUCAACAUCGUGAACUUCAGUUGGACGCUCCGGGCACUUGUGAACAACUGGGUCGACCUGGAGACUUCAAUUGGUGCAGUAUCGCGAAUAAGAUCAUAUGAACAGCAAACCGCUACCGAGGAUUUGGAUUCUGAGACACAGGUUGUUGAUGAAGACUGGCCACAAAAAGGCUGUGUGGAAAUUCACAACCUUUCAGCAUCUUAUGAAACCACAUCCGAACCAGACUGGCAGGUUUGUAACCCUUCGUUACCACCACCGUGGCUGUUCCUCGAGGCAGAGAAGGAAAAAAGCACUGACUCACUACACAGCGGCAAAUCGUCUCUGCUCUCGGCUUUGCUUCGAAUUCUUGAAGCAAAGAGUGGCUCUAUAUUCAUUGACGGCGUGGACAUUUCCAGGGUUUCAAGGGCACACGUGCGAUCGAGAAUUAAUACCAUUCCCCAGCAACCUUUCUUCCUCCACGGUACAAUACGCCUCAACGCUAAUCCAGAAGGGACUGCCACCGAUGACAAAAUUAUCGAAUCUCUUCGAGUUGUCAAUCUCUGGUCCCACGUCGAGUCCAAAGGCGGAUUAGACGCCGACUGGUCAGAUGAGCUUCUUUCCCAUGGCCAGCAGCAGCUCUUCUGUCUUGCGCGUGCAAUUUGCAAAUCAAGCAACCUUCUUAUUAUGGAUGAGGCGACUAGCAGUGUGGAUUCUGAGACAGAGACGCUCAUGCAGAGUGUGAUCCGAGAGCAGUUCAAGGAACGCACAAUCAUCGCUAUUGUACACAAAUUGCAUACGAUUCUCGAUUUUGAUAAAAUUGCAUUUAUGGACAAGGGUCGGAUUGUGGAAUUCGAUACACCAACUGCAUUAUUGUCAAGAGAAGGGUCGGCUUUCAAAAGUCUGUACGAGACAUUCCACAGCGAAUGUGAUCGUUGA